GCUCUGCAGCUGGGGACAGUGCUGGUGGGAUCCCCCACGCAGGACGGGACCAUCUCCAUCCUCACCACCUCGGCGGAGGCGGACGAGCCCCACAGGGUGCAGUUCCCAGCUCCUCGCCAAGGCUCCUCUCUGAGCCCGGCGCAGCCUCGCUGGGCCAACUACGUCAAGGGUGUCAUCCAGCACUACCGGGGUGGUCCUGUGCCGGGCUUCAGCGCCGUGAUAGCCAGCGACAUCCCCCUGGGUGGGGGCCUCUCCAGCUCGGCCGCUUUGGAGGUGGCUACUUACACCUUCCUCCAGCAGCUCUGCCCUGAUGAUGGUGAUUUGGUAGCCAAGGCGCUGGCGUGCCAGAAAGCGGAGCACACGUUUGCCGGCAUGCCCUGCGGGAUCAUGGACCAGUUCGUAUCCGUGAUGGGCAAGGAAGGCCACGCGCUUCUUAUUGACUGCAGGUCCCUGGAGACCGUCCUUGUCCCGCUGACCGAUGCCGGCUUGGCCGUCCUCAUCACCAACUCCAACGUGCGGCACAUGCUGACGGGCAGCGAGUACCCCAGCAGGAUGCGGCCAUGCCCACCCCCAGCAGCAUCCUGCGGACCCGAGCAGCUUUGCUGCAGGGCCAUGCAUGUCUCCGCAGCGGCCAGGAGCCGGCUCGGUGAGGAGGUCUACCGGCGGGCCAGGCACGUCGUCGGCGAGAUAGCGCGGACGGCCCAGGCUGCGCAAGCGCUGCAGGACAGGGACUACAGGAUGUUCGGGAAGCUGAUGGUGGAGAGUCACAACUCCCUCAGGGACGACUACGAAGUGAGCUGCCCAGAGCUGGACGAGCUGGUAGCAGCAGCCCUGGAGGUCGACGGGGUCUACGGCAGCAGGAUGACCGGAGGAGGCUUCGGGGGCUGCACGGUGACACUGCUGGAGGCUGGAGCUGCAGAGAGAGCCCAGCACCACAUCCAGGAGAAAUACAGCGGCACAGCCACCUUCUGCCUCACCAAACCCUCCGGAGGGGCCACGGCGCUGCCCCUGUAG